AUGGCCGACUGCAUCAAGACUGAUAUCUUCAUUUCCGGCGGCGGGCCUGUUGGACUCCUCAUCGCCUAUAGCUUGGCUAGACAGGGGGUUGAUUCUCUUCUAGUUGAGCAAUAUGUCAAAGAGGAGCAGGCCAUGUACGGCCGAGCCACUACCCUCUUCCCCCGCACACUCGAGAUGUUGGACCAGCUGGACCUCCUCGAGGACCUGAACCAGAUAGGAUAUAUUGGCCGCAACAGCGUGACAUUCAAGGACGGCAAGCGGGUCACGUCUCGGGGAUGGCAUGUCAUGUUUGAACGUAUGAACGGCACUUUCCUGAACUAUUGUCUCAACAUCCGCCAGAAGUAUUCUGAGGAGGUGAUUCUGGGCGCGUAUCAGAAGAUCGGAGGCCAGGCGUACGUGGGCUGGAAGCUAGAAAGCUUCUCAGUUGACCAUGCCAGUGAAGACGAUUACAAGGUGACGUCACAGAUCCGUGAGAUCAAGACGGACCGUUCGUUGACCGUGAAAAGUAAAUACAUUGUCGGUGCUGAUGGCGGCCACUCUCUUGUGCGGCGCAUGACUGAUGUCCCAUUCGAAGGGGAUAAGACCGAUUUCAAGUGGGUGCGCAUUGAUGGACGUUUCAAAACGAACAUGCCUGAUGCCGAUCUGGGAUUCGCGUCUAUUGAGUCUCGAAGCCACGGAAACGUUCUUUGGGUUCAGCUUGACCACGGGGUGAAGCGCAUUGGGUUUGCUAUGACGGACGCGGUGCUUGCGAAAUAUGGUGGCAAACUCACGGAGGAGCAAGCGAAGGAAGAAGCCGUCCGAUCCAUGGAGCCUUUUACUCUGGAAUUCGAGUCCGUCGACUGGUGGACACUGUACAGUAUCAACCAACGUGUGGCUGAUUCCUUUUUCGCCAACGAUCGAGUCUUACUGGCGGGCGAUGCCUGUCAUACCCACUCCUCCGGAGCCGCCCAGGGCAUGAACACAGGCGUCCAUGAUGCCGUAAACCUCGCUUGGAAGCUAGGUGGAGUGGUCAAGGGCUGGUACAACACGAAAGUCCUGCAGACAUACGAUAGUGAGCGCCGCCCAGCGGCUCUGCGACUCAUUGAGCUCGACAAAGCAUUCUCAGCCACCAUCUCCGGCCAGGUCCCGGAUAGUCACAAAGAAUUGUAUAGCGAUGCCAAUGAGCUGUUCACGAAGCUCUUUAACGAGACGAUCCAGUUCAAUAUUGGAUUAGGCAUCAACUACCAAGAGAACAUCAUCAACAAAGCCCCUUCUACCGGAAUGAUCUCGGCGGGCUGGAGAGCGCCGGACGCCUUGGUCUACGCCCCUGGUUCUCGCCUCCCAACCCGCCUCUUUCACCGGAUGAAGAACUGCGGUCAAUGGUCAAUCCUUGUUUUCGCCGGACAGCCUGUCGUGACUAGCGAAAGAUUGGCGUCUGCGGUUGAAAAGCUCAAGGAACUUGCGAAUACCCUUCCUCACGGCAUGGCUCAAUUCCUCACUCUUGUAGCUCAAUGCGCAGCGGAAGGAGAUCAAGUGUUUGAUCUUCCCAAGAUCGGCCACGUAUUCUAUGACCAGGAUCGGGCAGCCCAUGGCGCGUACACCAUCUCGACGAAAAAUGGUGCUGUGGUUAUUCUACGGCCUGAUGGGAUUUUAGGACAUGCCGCACCGCUGGACGAUCUGGACAGUGUCGUUACCUUCUUCAGGAGAUUCAGAAUUCAGAGUCAGUUUAACACAUCGAGAAUUGAGCUCAAGGAUCCUGGUUUGUAA